CAUGCUAGCGCUGUAGUAUCCAGUGCAAGUGCAGUGUGUAUGCAGCAUAGACAUUUGUUCAUGUAAAUCUGUGAUUGGAAGGAAUGGCGUCAGGAAAUUAUUUCGGUUUUACCCACGGAGGAACGCAGUAUAGCCAGCCUCAGGCUACAACAUACACUGCCCAGCAGCAUGCUUCAGCUGCAGCAGCCCAAGGCACUGCACAGCUGUUCCCUGCCCAAGCCACACACCCAACAGCUGUCUAUGCAUCUACAGCAACACCUAGACAGACCCAAACAGCUACUUACGACACAGCUUAUGCCACAAGUCAACAACCUGGAGGUUAUGGAUACAGCACUCCCCAGCGCCAGGACCCGACUCCAGCUCGUCAAACGACCCAGACAUACCAGGAUAGCACAGGGUAUGGCUUUGAGCAGACUCCAAGCACCGGAGCAUUCCAAAAGCAGACCUACUAUCAAGCCCCAACACAGCAGCACUCUGCCACGGAAUCCUACUUCUCCCAGAGGGGGAAAAUAGCUGCAGGAAAAACCGGUUCUGUGUACACCUCUGGUGGAGGAUCAGGGUACGGCGGAGGAGGACAUCAGUCCAUGUCUCAAAAGCCAUCCCAGCCCAAGGUGGCACCUGUUGUCACCUAUGCGUACGCUGCCCAGACCACAGCUCCUACGUAUGCUACCACCUCAUCAUCAUCCUACUCUGGCCAGUCCAAGUAUAGCGGAGGUAGUGGUAAUAACAACAGUGGGGGAGGCGGGGGCGGCGGUGGUGGUGGAGGCGGCGGCGGUGGUGGUGGUCCCAACAACCAGUACUCGAGCUACGAUGCAGCCAUCUACUCUGCAGCCACCAACUAUUACCAACAGCAGCAGACUGUGAAGAUGGGUAGUCAGUGGGGAGGAGGAGGCUACAAGGGAAUGAAGAAAGGCCAGGGAUUCCAGCAGCAGGGGGGUAACAAAGGCCCUGGUGGCGGCAUGAAGGAGACCAAAGCACCACCAAAGCCUACUCAGCUACAUUACUGUGAUGUCUGUAAGAUCAGCUGUGCUGGACCUAGGACCUACAAGGAGCAUCUGGAGGGUCAGAAGCAUAAGAAGAAGGAAUUAGCCAGCAAGACUGGGACUAGUGUCAACCUACCAAGCAGCAGGUCUGGGGUUCAAGCCUACCGUUGUGAACUGUGUGAUGUCUCAUGCACCGGUCUAGAUGCUUACAAUGCACACAUCAGAGGAUCCAAGCAUCAAAAGGUACUAAAGCUACACACCAAACUUGGCAAGCCCAUCCCAUCGUCUGAGCCAGUCAAGAUUGGUAACCAGGCCACCGCUGUUACCAAUUCCACCGCUGGGACUGCCAAGACCCAGACCACGCCUUCUAAGACUGCCCCCAAGACCGCUCAGCCUAUCAAGAAGAUGGUCACACCAAAGAUCACUUUUGUUGGUGGGUCCAAGUUGGCUACUACAGGUGAUGCUGAGAAGAAGAAUGAACAAAAGACUGCACAAACACCUGCUGCUCCUGCUCCUAAAACUCCUACAACACCCGUCAUUGCCCCGACUGCUGAAGAUAAGGAUGAUUUAGACAUGGAGAAGGACAUCCUACCGGUCGGUGAGGACUACAUCGAGGAACUGAAGAACGAGGAAGGCAAGCUUGUCAGCUUUAACUGCAAGCUCUGUGAAUGCCAGUUCAAUGACCCUAAUGCCAAAGAGAUGCACAUGAAAGGUCGCAGGCAUCGUCUUCAGUACAAGAAGAAAGUUGACCCCAGCUACCCAGUGGACAUCAAGCCGUCGGCCCGAUCCCGCAAACUCCAGGAAGAGAAGCUGAGACGACAGAUGGCUAAGGAGGAGUUCAUGAGGCAGAGGCAGGAGGAAUUCCAGUGGAGAGAAGAGAUGAGGCGAUAUGAAGAGGACAUGUACUGGCGACGCAUGGAGGAAGAGCGCUACUGGGAGGAGCGAAGACGCUUUGAACAAGAGAUGGAGUACUUUGAAUGGCAGCGUCGCCGUGGCGUCCAUCUGCCCCGCCCCCUACCACCCAAGCCGCCCGUCCCGGUCGAUGCUCCGGUCAUGCAGGUCAAGCGUACCGAGACAGAGAUUGACCGUCAUGUCAUGUCCAAGCAUGGCUCUAUCUAUCCUUCAGAACAGGAGCUACAACUUGUGCAGAACAUGGUUAGUCAGAUGGAGAAGGCAUUGAAGGGCGUGUCUGACCACAUUGCUGAAGAGGACCAUCCUACACCACCUGAACCAGUCGUAGAAGAAACCAAAGAACCUGCCAAGACUGAACCAGCUACCAAAGAGGGUAGUGCAGCAGCAGAUGAGAAGAAAGAAGAACCAGCUAAGGAGGCGCCCCUCCCACCUCGUGUCUUGAAGGGAGUGAUGCGUAUAGGUGUCCUGGCCAAGGGCUUGCUCCUCAGAGGUGCACUCAACAUGGGUCUUGUUAUCUUGUGUGCCGAGAAGCCCACUCGUACUCUACUAGAACGCAUCGCCAAUCUACUUCCCAAACAUCUAACGGAGAUCACAGAGGAGAAGUAUGAGAUUCGAUUGUGCGUUGAGGAGGCCGGUCUGAUCGUUACCAAGGAACCAGCCAUGACCAUGACGGUCUCCCUGACCUCCCCUGCCUUCAGGGACCAACCAUCUCCUGAUGCAGCCGAUUCUGCUCGAGAUCCUCCGGACGUCCUCUGCAGGCAAAAAUGCCUUGAAGCUCUGGCUGCUUUACGACAUGCUAAGUGGUUCCAGGCUAGAGCUGGUGGUCUGCAAUCCUGUGUGGUCAUCAUCCGAGUUCUAAGGGAUCUCUGUGAGCGUGUACCUACCUGGGCACCGCUACGAGGAUGGCCUCUGGAGCUGCUUUGUGAGAGGGUGAUUGCUAGUGCUGGUCAGCCCCUCAGCCCUGGGGAUGCUCUAAGACGAGUCUUUGAAGCCGUCGCUGGAGGUCUGCUCCUGCCAGGAGGACCCGGAUUAUUUGAUCCAUGUGAGAAGGAUGAAGCUGAUGCCUUGGCUCACCUAGCCCCUCAAGAAUGUGAAGACAUAACAGCUAGUGCACAGCAUGCACUGCGACUGAUCGUGUUCCGUCAAGUCCACAAGGUGUUGGCCAUGGAGCCCAUGUAUUCCCAGAAUCGCAACUUCAACCGCAACCGACGUAACAACCGCAAGCGUCGCAUGGAGGAUUCAGAGGGUGGCGAGAAUGGAGAUGCAGAGGGCAAGAAAGAUAAGAAGGAAGGCGAUACCACUACCAGUAUGGAGACAGGUGGCACAGAGGGUGCUGGAACAGAAUAGAGGAACGCUGAGGGGGGCUACUUCACACCCCAAACUCAAUCAAAGAGACUUCACCUUGUAUAUAUUCUAGUGACAGCCCCUUGCCCUCCUCAAUGUUUAUUACAAUGAAGAAAGAGUACCUACUAAUGUGCUGGAUUCUGAUUUACUCCCCACUCUUUCCUUUACACUUGCUUUCAAUCAUGUGAUGUACAAGUGUAGAUAUCAUAUAUCCUUAUUUUCCUUGAUGUGGAAAAGCAAACUCAACAAUUCUACUUGCACUUCCGUCUCGUUAUUGUAAAUGUUCAUUUAAAUGUCUAAAGCUGGCUUUCAAAAUAUUGAAAACGUGAUAAAGUACAUCAGACCGUUGUUACCAAAGCCAUAUUGUUUGAGCUCUAUCCAUGUUUUCUAACUGUAUAUAGUAUCACUGUGACCUUGCUGAGAUUUACUUGUUGUCCUUUGUAGCAAACAGGCUCUUCAUUGCUCUUGAUUACACUAAAUAUGGAGGUUUUGUUUUGUAAAUACAUGUAUGUUUUAUAACAGAUUCAAUCAGUAAUUGUAACCUGUUCUGAUAAAGGGGAUUUUUAAAGAAAUUGCCUGGUAGAGCAAGGCUGUUUGUGAUAUGUUAAAGUCUUAUGGGGGAUAUAGGAUAAAAAUCAUAAUUACUUGUGUGUCUGGUCUAGCUGCUGGACGUUCUACAGUAGUGGGUGUAAGCCACAAAAACUAACAAAAAAGUAAAAAGAACUCUUGUGUUAAAGUCUCAUUUUUAGAUGUGGCGAUGGAUGAACAUUUCUUCUGUACAUGUCGUUAGUAGUAAGUCUUGAAGUAGUGUAUUGCUAGAUGUUUCAUUGAGAUAUAUUUUGUAAUUGUCCUUCUUGUUAUUUUAUUUUUGCAUCAUUUUGUAUUAGGUGUAAAUGAUUAAUUUAUUCAAUCACUAUCCAUAUUCGAUUGCUCUUGACAUAUGUAGGAGUGUUAUUCAAUUAAUUUGUCAUGAUGUUGAAACAGGAUUUGAGUUGAAAAGGAAUCAUGUGCACCGUAGCUUGAAGAGUUGUAUCACUUAAUUGUGAGUGUUUGAUUUCAAAUUAAGAUAUUCAUCACUCUCAAUUAGACUUUUUGAAAGGGAUAGAGUUUUAUUUAGGCUGCAAACAUUGGGUUAGGGAACAAUUAAGCAUUCUACUACAUGUAUAUCAGAUGUAAUCAGUUUUGAGUUAUAUAGCCAUUCAUUGAAACUAAUUACAGUGUUUUUGUGCAAGUAGACUUCAUUUACAAGUUGUAGUCGAAUAUAACAAUUUUCACAAGUUGAAAAUCCUAUACACAUCAUUGUAAAUCCUUUGUGUGUUGAAUGUGCAUCCAAUAUUUUAAAUUGCUAAUAAACCUUCCUGCUACUAAAUAAAA